AUGAUCAGCACAUUACGACCAUGCGUCACAAGUCUGACCUACUCCAGAUUGAUCCAACAACAACUUCUACGGCCAGUAUACAGGCUUGCUUCAAGCACAUAUGGACCGGAGAGGGCCUGCAGUAGAGAUGAAAAUGUCUACAAGGCGCCUGCUGCGCGAGUACCAUCGAUCAAAAGGCUUCAAGAGAUAGCAACAAACAAUGGCUUAGAUAUCAACAACGAAUAUUUAAACCAUUAUCGAGAUUUUAUAGAAAAUGUAAUAUGUAGUGCUAUGGAUGUGGUGGAUAGUUAUCCAGAACCGACCCUUCCUGUGAAAUACCCAAGAACCCCUGGCUACAGACCUAAGCAGGUUGAAAAUCAACUUAAUGGGUGGUACUGGCGCUGUGAUAUUAAAGGCGCCGAUGACGGUAUAUUACACGGUAAAACUGUUGCUAUUAAAGACAAUAUCCCAGUAGCUGGUGUUCCUAUGAUGAAUGGGAGUUACGUGUUGGAAGGUUAUGUGCCUGAAUAUGAUGCAACAGUUGUUACCAAGAUACUAGAUGCAGGUGGUCGGAUUACAGGAAAGUCGACUUGUGAAGACAUGUGUUUUUCUGGAACUAGCUAUAUAACUACAAAGGGUGCAGUCAGAAACCCCCACAAUACGAAUUAUGCAGCUGGAGGGUCUAGUAGUGGGUGUGCGGCACUGGCUAUUGCUGGUCCAGACAAUGGCUUGGAUCCCAGACAACCAGUUAAUUUCACUGUACCAUCCUAUAGUAAAGGG